AUGGCGCAUAAUAAUGAAUAUGAAUAUGAAAAUGAAUCAUCUGUUGAUUCCGAACUAAUUUGUGCUAUUUGUUUAAAUCCAUUCGACGAGCCAAUAUCAACAUUAUGUGAACAUAUAUUUUGUGUUGAUUGUAUUAAAUUAUGGUUAAAAAAAGAUUUAUCAUGUCCAAUUUGUCGUGAAAUAUUAAUCGAGAACAAUUUAAAAUCUGUAAUUAAUCAAAAUAUCCUUAAUAAACUUGAUCAACUUCAAGUUAAAUGUAGAUUAUGUCAACAAAAACAUAUAAAACGAAAACGUUUUGAUUAUCAUAUAGAUAAACAAUGUUCAAAAGUAAUUGUAUCAUGUUCAACUGCUGAUAUUAAAUGUCCAUGGAAAGGACAACGAAUAGAUUUACAAUCUCAUCAAAUGAAUUGUAUCUAUUAUUCAAAUCGAAAAUUAUUCAAUCAUCAAGUUCAAGAAAAUAAAAUAACAUCAAGUAAGUUAGAAUUUAAACAAAUAAUUCUAUCUCUAUUAAUUACAUUAUGUUUAGAAUUUAUUAAUUCGCAUAGUAUAAAAAUUGAAAAUUUAAUUAAUCAAUAUCCAUUUUAUUCUACAAUAUCAUUAAGUAAUAAACAUUUGACAGAUACUGAUAUUUCAAUAGUUAUUAAUUCGGCAAUCAUAAACAAAAAAUGUAAAAUUCUUGAUUUAGGACAUAAUCAAAUUAAUUCUCAAGGUGUUAUACAACUUGCUGAAAGUUUAACAAAUAAUACAACAUUAAAAAUGCUUUCUCUUCAUAGCAAUUCUUUAUCAGAAAUCGGUAUUCUACAUAUUGCAGAAAAACUUUCAUUAAAUAACUCAGUUCUUAAAUGGCUUGAUCUUGAAUCAACUGAUUUAACUGAUAAUAGUGUAGAAUAUUUGGCUGCAAUGCUCAAAACAAAUACAUCCGUUACUGGUUUAUGGUUAUCAAAUAAUCGAAUAAGUGAUCAGGGUGUAAAAACGUUAGCUUUAGCACUUAUUUAUUAUAAUACAACUCUUAAAUAUUUAGAUUUGGAAAAUAAUCGAUUGAUAAAUGAUUCAUGUUUGAAUUAUCUUAUAAAUAUGCUUGAACAAAAUCAAUCAUUAAAAACAGUUUAUUUAAAUAAUUGUCACUUGUCAAUGACAAGUAAAACAAAACUUCAAACUAUAGCCAAUACGAAACCAAAGUUUCGUUUGUUGCUUUGA